AGGCUGUGACAUCCUGUGAGGGAUGGGGAGAGAGCGUCCCUAAGCAGGAGGUGCUCCCGGAGGUUACUGCUCUGGUGGUGCGUCCCGCUCCUGCAGCGGCAGGGGUCCCUGCAGGACAUGGAGCCUACCCAGGCGGGACAGGUUGUGGUGAUUGGCAGUGGACUCAUUGGUCGCAGCUGGUCUAUGGUGUUUGCUGGUGGAGGCUUCAGAGUAAAACUUUAUGAUGUUGUGCAACAGCAGAUAACAAGCGCUCUGGAAUACAUUAGCAAAGAAAUGAAGGAGCUGGAAAAGUCAGGAAUGCUGAAAGGAACUCUGAAUGCAGAGAAGCAAUUGUCUCUCAUUAGUGGCUGUACGGACUUAAAGACAGCAGUAGAUGGUGCUAUGUUCAUUCAGGAAUGCACGCCAGAGAAACUAGAAUUAAAAAAGAAGAUUUUUGGUCAGUUAGAUCUUAUUGUCAAUAAUGAUGUUAUCCUAAGCAGCUCAACUUCCACGCUUUUGCCUACUAAGUUGUUCGCUGGCCUUAAGCAUGUGAAGCAGUGUAUUGUGGCACAUCCUGUAAAUCCUCCCUAUUAUGUGCCGCUGGUUGAACUGGUUCCCCAUCCAGAAACAGAGCCUUCUACAGUGGAUAAAACCUAUGCCCUGAUGAAGAAGAUUGGACAGUCACCCGUCAAAUUAACCAAAGAGAUAGAUGGGUUUGUUCUGAACCGUCUCCAGUAUGCAGUUAUUAGUGAGGCAUGGAGACUCGUGGGUGAAGGAGUAAUAUCUCCUGCUGAUCUAGACCUUGUGAUGUCUGAUGGAUUGGGAAUGCGGUAUGCAUUUAUAGGGCCGCUUGAAACGAUGCAUCUCAAUGCAGAAGGAAUGACAAAUUAUUGUGAGCGAUACCGUGAAGGAAUGAUACAUGUUCUGAAAACCUUUGGUCCAGUACCAGAUUUUUCAGGUGAAAUUGAGCAGCAAAUCAGCCAGGCCAUGAGUGAACGAACUCCAGCUGAUCCAGAACAUCUAAAUGCCAGGAGAGCAUGGAGAGAUGAAUGUCUUAUGGGUCUUGCCAAGUUGAAAAAACAAAUGAAAUCCAACUGAAUUGCAUCCUCUGUAAUACACAAGGACAAAUUAUCAGCAUAUCUCCACAAAACUGGGUGCUUCUAUUUCCACAGGCAAAAAAUCUGUAUUUGCAGAACAGGUGACUCAAUAUGCAAGGAAUGAUUUUUGCCCAUGUGCAAAUACAGAGGGUGAUUCAAAAUCCAAAUUGUCAUUACAUUAUUAAUUCGUGACAGGAACUGCGUAAGAAACUAAUUCAUAAAAAACUGUUUAUCUGAUUAUUCUAAAUGCUUUAAUACUAGCUUAUGCAGAUUUGUUGUAGCCCUGUCAGUCCCAGGAUAUUAGCAAGACAAGGUGAGUCAGUGAUGUAAUAUUUUUUAUUGGACCAAUUUCUGUUGGUGAGAGAGACCUGAAGAAGAGCUCUCUGUAAGCGCAAAAAACUUCUUUCUCACCAACAGAAGUUGGUCCAAUAAAAGAUAUUACCUCACAUACUUUGUCUCUUUAAUACUAGCUAGCAUCAACAUUAUUAAUACUGUAUAAUAGACAGGCACACAAUAGUUUUUUAAAUUAUACAUUUUAUAAUCUUGCUUGGAGAUAUGUAGCCUCAGCAGCACUUGCAUUUACUGGGGUCCAGGAACAGGCAAAUAUCUGCUGUUUGUCAUUAUGGGACAAAUGCUGCUCUCCAUAACCUUCUGUGGGCAUGAUGAGCUCUGUCUAAUUCGACUGCAUUGGGGUGAGAGGAGAAUUUGUGGAAUGCACACAGGAAACCUCCUUGCAACCCUCCGAGGGAGAAUAGGGGAGGGGUCCAGUGGCUGUUCUCCCUGCAGAGUAGGAGCCCAGUAGCUUCAGGGAUUGCUGCAACCCAGCUCUGUAGCUGUUCCACAAUCUUGGUGAGAGAAUUACUUUUUCCUUCCCUCCCCCCCUCCCUUAGGCACUUAGAUACCAUGGUGAUAGACAAGGCAUAAGUAUCUGAAUAGAAUAGAGCAGAAUCCCUCUUUGCCCUCCAGCUCCUACAGAAUCCAUCA